AUGCCAGUUUUGAAGAGAGAGCAAUCUACCACUUCCAGCAACAGCAAUAGGGUGCCCAAACUGCCAGUCCCUGACUUACAACAUACACUGAAAUUAUACCUCAAGUCGGUGAAACACCUCAUCCCAGAGGAGGAGUUCCAGAAGACCCAGGCCAUCGUGGAGACGUUUGGAGUUGCUGGGGGAGUCGGGGAGAUGCUUCAAAAAAAUCUUCUGCAAAGGAGUGAGAGCAAAGCAAACUGGGUUUAUGACUACUGGCUUGAGGAUAUGUACCUGAACAACAGAUCAGCAUUGCCAGUGAACUCAAGUCCUGUCAUAGUGCUGCCCAAGCAGAAUUUCAAGACCAAUAGUGAUGCUACAAGAUUUGCUGCUCAUUUAAUUUCGGCAGUACUAGAAUAUAAAACACUGCUGGAAUCACAUGCAUUACCCGAGGACCGAGGCAAGGGUCAGCUGGCUGGGACUCCUCUGUGUAUGGAGCAGUACUACAAGCUCUUCACAACUUGUCGCCUUCCCGGCCUGAAGAAAGACACUCUUGUGACCAAGACAAGCUCAGUCAUGCCUGAACCUGAGCACAUUAUUGUGGCCUGCAGAAACCAGUUCUUUGUGCUGGAUGUGAUGAUCAACUUUCGGCACCUGAAUGAGAAGGACCUGUACACACAGCUGGAGAAGAUCAGGAAGAAGGCGGAGGGCGAGGAGCAGCACUUCCCCCCUAUUGGCCUCCUCACCUCUGACGGACGCACACACUGGGCGGAGGCACGAGAUAUUCUAAUCAGAGAUUCCACCAACAGAGACUCCUUGGACAUGCUUGAGAGAUGCUUGUGCGUGUUGUGCUUGAAUGAGCCCAGUGGACUGGCCCUCUCUGACACUAACCGUGCAUGGCUGAUGCUCCACGGAGGAGGACCAGACAGAAGCGGGGCCAACCGCUGGUACGACAAACCCAUGCAGUUUGUCAUAGGUUUAGAUGGCUGCUGUGGAGUUGUGUGUGAACACUCACCCUUUGAAGGGAUCGUCAUUGUCCAGUGCACAGAGUUUCUCCUGAAAUGCAUGAAAGGAAGUCCGUCUAAGCUGGUGAGGGCAGCCAGUGUGAGUGAGCUACCCGCCCCAAGGCGACUGCGUUGGAAAAGCUCCCCAGCAAUCCAGGCUCUUCUUGCUGCUUCAGCAGACAAAUUACAUCGGCUUGCCAAAAACCUGGACUUGGCGGUUUUCAAGUUUACAAAGUAUGGAAAAGACCACAUCAAGAGGCAGAGAAUGAGCCCUGAUGCAUACAUUCAAGUAGCGCUGCAGUUUACAUACUACAGGUGUCACAGAAAAGCUGUGUUCACAUAUGAGAGUGCUUCCAUUCGACGAUUUCAAGAUGGCCGUGUGGACAACAUCCGUUCAGCGACAUCGGAGGCUUUAGCAUUUAGCAAGGCUAUGACAGAUGAGAAGCCCAAAGUCUCGAAUGAAGAGAGGAUGGAAUUGCUGAAGGAGGCUAUUAAAGCUCAGACAAACUAUACUGCCUUGGCAGUCGCAGGAGAGGCCAUUGACAAUCACCUUUUGGGACUGAAGGAAAUGGCCAAGGAGCUGUGUAUGGAGACGCCUGAAAUCUUCACUGAUGACACUUACACAGCCAGCAAUCACUUCAUCCUGUCCACAAGCCAGGUCCCGACCUCAGAGGACAUGUUCUGUUGCUAUGGUCCGGUGGUACCCGAUGGAUACGGAGCCUGCUACAACCCCCAGCCAGGCUCCAUUCUCUUCUCUGUAUCGUCUUUCAGUGACAGCGACCUGACCUGCUCUGACUUGUUUGUGAAGGACCUAGAGGUUUGCCUGCUGGAGAUGGAAGGUUUAUGCUGUAAAAAUGCUAGUGUUGUUUAG